AUGAGCAAAAAGUUCCUGCAACUCAAUGUCGACAAGAUGGAAGUCAUACUCAUCCUGCGGCGCGCACGCCGGGUGGGGGCGGGGGGAGACUCCAGCUCCCGGCAUGCUGUGCUGCUGGCCGGAAGUGUGCGGUUGCCACAGAGACGGAGCAAUGGCGGCGGCGGUGUUUUGAAGGCCGCGGCGAUGGACCAGGAGGCGCUGGAGGAGCUUCAUUCCUGGCUGGACUCCAUCCCGCUGGCCAGAGCCAAGCGGAGCCUCACCAGGGACUUCAGCGACGGAGUUCUAUUGGCUAAAGUGGUGAAGACUUAUUUUCCUCAACUGGUUGAAAUGAAUGACUAUGUUCCAGCUAGCUCAACACAGCAGAAACUUAGCAAUUGGGGCCAACUGAACAGGAAGGUCUUCCACAGACUCAACUUUUACGUCCCGAAUGAUGUGAUCACUAAAAUUGCCCAGUGCUGCCCUGGGGUCGUGGAGCUUGUGUUGAGUACGUUGAAGCAGAAAAUCCAGGAGAAACUGAAGCAGAAAGGAAGCAAGAGGAAUUCUUCAUCGCAGGACUUAGAAUAUUACAGCACAACGAUGGAGCAAACUUUGGGUUAUUCUUCUGUGUCACCAAGGCCAAAGACUUACUCCACUGGGGAUGGACAGCAAGUUCAACAUGGAGCCAAGCUUUCAAAUCCAAUGAACCCUUGGCCUGCAAAUUGCCCGCCAAGCCAGCAGCUGUCCCCUGAAGUGCAAAUCUUACUAGCAGAGAAACAGCAGGAGCUGCUGGCAUCGCAAGAGACCAUUCAGAUACUGCAGGUCAAAGUACGCCGUCUCGAGCACCUGCUGUACCUGAAAGAUGUGAGGAUCAAUGACCUGACACGACGCAUGCAACAGCGCGAGCAGAGAUAGAGGGGGAGGGGAGCGCUCAGAGCAUUGGGUUGGCUCCUGAUGUCUGCUGUCACGCCUUUCCCCGAAAAUGUUUCAAAAACAUAUGGAAACGGCAGUGUGCAUUAACUAAUGACUUGGCCAAAAAAGGAACAGCCUGCAGGCUCUGCCAGGGCGGCCUGACACCGAGAAACAGGUUUAACCUGAAGGCAUUGACAUGGAAUCCCUGUGGGUGAGAGACAACUAAGUUGUUGGAACAAACAUGCCACAGCAUUAAUAGUCGUAAUAUGAAAAGUAAUCCAAUGCCUAGUGAUCCGAAUGCAAAACAGCAGAUCAAACCAUCCUUUCCUUCACAAGAGAAUUUUUGGUGAAGAUGGUUAUUUGGCCAUUCGAUUACAUCCUUGCCAAAUACCUACCCAACCGUCUCGCCGAUAUGAAUUCAGCCAGCUUCCCAGCCUCUGCCGCCUUUUCCCAGUGCAGUGACCUCUUCUGGCAGUUGGUCAUCCACCUGUGUGAAUGUGAGGAGAUACUUCCUGGUGUCUGUCCACAGUUUGCUCUUCCAAAACCAUGAGCUGACCGUGGUGAGUCUUCCCGUCUGCUACUUUUGACCGAGCGAGGUUAGAAUUGGGAGGCGGGGUGGGGAGGUAAUGGGGCAAAGAGAGAGCUGACACUGGUGAUGUCUGACAAGCUGGUGUGCACUAGCCCACCAAGAUCAUAGAAACUGAGCCUUUCAGCCUUUGUUUCUGUGCUACUCUCAUGCUCUUUUAUAGAUAUGUAUAUACAGUAUAUGUAUGUGUAUAUAUAUAUAUGCACGCACACACUCACAAAUGUCAGGUGAUAUCAAAGGGCAGGAAUCCGACUAAAGGAGUUUCACCUUCACGAUCAAUCGGCAGUUGGUUUCAACACCUUACAACAACAAUAAUUUUAUAGCAUUUAUAUAGCUUCCUUCACACAGGGUAGUUUCUCAGAGUGCUUGGACAACAAGGUUUUGCUAUCUUUUUUCCUUCUCCUCCACUCCCACCCACC